UUCGUAGAGAAAUAUUUUUCUGUCAACAUUUCUGAAUCUUCACCAGCGGGCGAGCGCUUCUUGCUGCCUUUGGCAGUCGAUGCAGAUUCCGGCAGCAAUUCUGUAAAGACGUACAAGCUSAGUGUAAAUGARWACUUUUCCCUCGACGUACAGAGCGGCGGAGAACACAGCGCAUCUGCUGAAUUGGUGCUGCUGAAAGCUUUAGACCGRGAGAAACAAGCAACUAUUAAACUGACACUCACUGCUAUAGAUGGAGGCAGAGCUCCAAAAUCUGGAACAGUCCAAAUAAUUAUUAAUGUUUUAGAUGUGAACGACAACACACCCUAUUUUAGCAAAACACUGUAUAAAGCUCGCGUUGACGAAAAUUCUCCUGUCGGAUCUAAAGUUAUUCAGCUUAAUGCCACUGAUUUAGAUGAAGGAAACAAUGGCAAAGUAGUUUACUCUUUUGUCAAACGUGCAAAUUUUAAUCCAUCUGAUAUGUUUUUCAUAAAUGAAGAAACAGGAGAUGUCAGCCUUAAAAGCAAAUUAGACCAUGAAGCACAGUCAGCGUACGAAAUCCAUGUUCAAGUCUCAGACAAGGGUGCGUCACCUCGGAGAUCCAAUGGGAAGCUUUUGAUUGAAGUAGUGGAUGUAAACGAUAACACCCCAGAAAUUGUUGUAACAUCUCUGAUGAAUCCAGUUAAAGAAAAUGCAGAAAUAGGAAGCGUUGUCUCUAUGGUUACAGUAACGGAUAAAGAUGGCGGCAAAAACGGUCAAACUCGAUGUAAGCUUGUUGGUUCAACUCCUUUUAAGCUAAAUGCUAAUUAUAAGAGUUAUUACUCUUUAGUUGUAGAUGGACCCCUUGAUCGAGAAAUACGUGCUUCUUACAAUAUCACAAUUAUAGCUAAUGAUGACGGAGUCCCGUCUCUGUCCAGCACCAGCGUAAUCAAUGUACAAAUAUCUGAUGUCAAUGACAACGCGCCCAAUUUCCUUGAUUCUGUGAUCAAUAUWUACGUGAAAGAAAACAGCCCAGUUGGAGCCAGUAUUUUUACUAUAAGCGCAGUCGAUGCUGAUAUAAAUGAAAACGCAAGAGUAACUUAUUCUGUAGAUGUUGAUAAUAAACAUAACCCCGUGUCUUCAUUUAUAAACAUCAACUCAGAUACGGGAGAAAUUAUUACUCUGCAGUCUUUUAAUUAUGAAGAAAUGCAAACAUUUCAGUUUAAAGUCAAGGCCAUUGACUCUGGUGUGCCUUCACUCAGCAGCAAUACAACCGUAAACGUGUGUAUUCUGGAUGAAAAUGAUAAUAAUCCAACUAUUUUAGCUCCYUAYUCUGAGCACGGCUCUGUUAACAGUGAGACCAUCCCUUAUUCUGCUGAACCGGGAUACUUUGUAGCAAAGAUCAGGGCUGUGGACGCAGAU